AUGUCCGUGUGGAACUGUUUGGGCCUCCGAGUGGGGGCGGGGACGAAGGCCGGUGCUUCUCCGCCCGCAGAGCCGGGAGGGCAGCCCGAGAACCCGCGCCCCGCGCCCCUCGGGGCAGCCGGGGGCCGCCCCCGUCGCAGACCGACGCGGGCUCCCGGCUCCUCCCGCAGGUGCGCGGACGGGCAGGGCAGGUGGCGUCGCCAGGCCCCUCGGCGGCCGGCGGGGAGCGCGGAGGCACGGGCGCGGGGGCUCCGACGUCCCGACGCGCUCGCCCUCUGCGCCCCCGCCGCCGACGCGGGGGGCGGCGCCGCCUCGCAGCUGCUGCUGCUGCUGCUGGCCCUGGGCGGCCGCCGGCUGCACGCCGAGCCCGGCGACGGGGCGCAGACCUGGGCCCGCUUCGCGCAGCCUCCGGCCCCCGAGGCCGCCGGGCUCCUCCACGACACCUUCCCCGACGGCUUCCUCUGGGCGGUGGGCAGCGCCGCCUACCAGACGGAGGGCGGCUGGCGGCAGCACGGCAAGGGCGCGUCCAUCUGGGACACCUUCACCCACCGGCCCCCCGCGCCCCCCGGCGCGCCCCCCGCGGCCGGCCUGCCGUCGGGCGCCCGGGCUCCGUCCCCGCCCGCUACCGGGGACGUGGCCAGCGACGGCUACAACAACGUCUUCCGCGACACCGAGGGGCUGCGCGAGCUCGGGGUCACCCACUACCGCUUCUCCAUCUCGUGGGCGCGGGUGCUCCCCAACGGCAGCGCGGCCGCCCCCAACCGCGAGGGGCUGCGCUACUACCGGCGGCUGCUGGAGCGGCUGCGGGAGCUGGGCGUGCAGCCCGUGGUCACCCUGUACCACUGGGACCUGCCCCAGCGCCUGCAGGACGCCUACGGCGGCUGGGCCCACCGCGCGCUGGCCGACCACUUCAGGGACUACGCCGAGCUCUGCUUCCGCCACUUCGGCGGCCAGGUCAAGUACUGGAUCACCAUCGACAACCCCUACGUGGUGGCCUGGCACGGCUACGCCACCGGGCGCCUGGCCCCCGGCGUCCGGGGCAGCCCGCGGCUCGGGUACCUGGUGGCGCACAACCUCCUCCUGGCUCACGCCAAAAUCUGGCAUCUCUACAAUACUUCUUUCCGCCCAACUCAGGGAGGCCAGGUAUCCAUUGCCCUAAGCUCCCACUGGAUCAAUCCUCGAAGAAUGACCGACCAUAGCAUCAAAGAAUGUCAAAAAUCUCUUGACUUUGUACUAGGCUGGUUUGCCAAGCCCAUAUUUAUUGAUGGUGACUAUCCUGAGAGCAUGAAGAAUAACCUGUCAUCUCUUCUGCCUGUUUUUACUGAAUCUGAGAAAAAGUUCAUCAAGGGAACAGCUGACUUUUUUGCUCUUUCUUUUGGACCAACUUUGAGUUUUCAACUCUUGGACCCUCAUAUGAAGUUCCACCAAUUAGAAUCUCCCAGCCUGAGGCAACUCCUUUCUUGGAUUGACCUUGAAUAUAACCACCCUCAAAUAUUUAUUGUGGAAAAUGGCUGGUUUGUCUCAGGGACCACCAAGAGAGAUGAUGCCAAAUAUAUGUAUUACCUCAAAAAAUUCAUAAUGGAAACCUUAAAAGCCAUCAGGCUGGAUGGGGUGGAUGUCAUCGGAUACACAGCGUGGUCCCUUAUGGAUGGCUUCGAGUGGCACAGAGGCUACAGCAUCAGACGUGGACUCUUCUACGUGGACUUUCUAAGCCAGGAUAAGAAACUGUUGCCAAAGUCUUCAGCCUUGUUCUACCAAAAGCUGAUAGAGAAAAAUGGCUUCCCUCCUUUACCUGAAAAUCAGCCCCUAGAAGGGACAUUUCCCUGUGACUUUGCUUGGGGAAUUGUUGACAACUACAUUCAAGUGGACACCACUCUGUCUCAGUUUACCGACCCGAACGUUUACCUGUGGGACGUCCAUCACAGCAAGAGGCUGAUUAAGGUGGACGGGCUGCGGGCCAAGAAGAGGAAGCCCUACUGCGUGGACUUUGCCGCCAUCGGGCCCCAGGUGGCCCUGCUGCAGGAGAUGCACGUCUCGCAUUUUCACUUCUCGCUGGACUGGGCCCUGCUCCUGCCGCUGGGCAACCAGUCCCGGGUGAACCACGCGGCCCUGCACUACUACGGCUGCGUGGCCAGCGAGCUCCUGCGCGCCAACAUCACCCCGGUGGUGGCGCUCUGGCGCCCCGCCGCCGCGCACCAGGGCCUGCCGGGGCCGCUGGCCCAGCGCGGCGCCUGGGAGAACCCGCGCACCGCCCUGGCGUUCGCCGAGUACGCGCGCCUGUGCUUCCGCGCCCUGGGCCGCCACGUCAAGGUGUGGAUCACGCUGCGCGAGCCGCCCACGCGGAACCUGACGCUCCGCGCCGGGCACAACCUGCUGCGGGCGCACGCGCUGGCCUGGCGCGUGUACGACGAGCAGUUCCGGGGCUCGCAGCAGGGGAAGGUGUCCAUCGCCCUGCAGGCCGACUGGGUGGAGCCCGCCUGCCCCUCCUCCCAGAAGGACCGCGAAGUGGCCGAGAGGGUUCUGGAGUUCGACGUCGGCUGGCUGGCCGAGCCCAUCUUCGGCUCCGGGGACUACCCGCGGCUGAUGCGCGACUGGCUCACCCGGAGAGACCAUUCCCUCCUGCCCUAUUUCACUGACGAAGAGAAGAGGCUAAUCCGGGGUUCCUUUGACUUCCUGGCCUUGAGCCAUUACACCACCAUCCUCGUGGACUGGGAAAAGGAAGACCCAGUCAAAUACAAUGAUUACCUGGAAGUGCAGGAGAUGACCGACAUCACCUGGCUCAACUCCCCCAGUCAGGUGGCCGUAGUGCCCUGGGGCCUGCGCAAAGUGCUCAACUGGCUCAAGUUCAAGUACGGAGACCUCCCCAUGUAUAUCGUAUCCAACGGCAUAGAUGACGAUCCGCGGGCAGCCCAGGACUCGUUGAGGGUGUAUUACAUGCAGAACUAUGUAAAUGAAGCUCUGAAAGCCUACGUAUUGGAUGGUAUCAAUCUUUGUGGAUACUUUGCCUACUCAUUUAAUGAUCGCACAGCUCCGAAGUUUGGCCUCUAUCAUUAUGCUGCAAACCAGUUUGAGCCCAAACCGUCGGUGAAGCAUUACAGGAAAAUUAUUGACAACAAUGGCUUCCCAGGCCCUGAAACUUUGGGGCGGUUUUGUCCAGAGGAAUUCACCCUGUGCACCGAAUGCAGCUUUUUUCACACCCGAAAGUCUUUACUGGCUUUCAUAGCUUUCCUACUUUUUGCUUUUAUUAUUUCUCUUUCUCUGAUUUUCUACUACUCUAGGAAAGGCAGAAGAAGUUAUAAAUAGUCCUGAACAUUUUCCUAUUCAUCUAUUUUGAAAUAAUUAUGCACAUACAUCAGCUGUUAACCAUUUGCACUUCUCAGUGUUGUGAAACUAUAGGUUUCGUUAUUCCGGCUUCUAGAAGAAAAAUUUUUGUGGCAUAUGACAGACGUUUGUAAAUGAGCAUAGCUGAUUGUAAAAUAUUGGAUAAUGUGAAUAGUGCCUGGAUUUGUUCUUUUUUUGAAGGGUAAUCAAAGACUGUCAGGGGCCAUCAUUCCUGUAACACACACUGUAACAAAUGUAUGGGAAGUGGGGGUCACUCUGCAACAUUUUUACAGAAAUUGAAUGGUGCCCAUUCAAUUAGUGCCCAUUCUUAAAUGUAAUGUUUAUCUCGAAGUAAUAAUUGCAGAUGUUGGAAUAAAAAGUUAAAAGGUCCCAAGCAACCAUCUCUAAACCGCCAUGAUAUGCCUAAGGGUUCGCUGUUGAACCAAGUUUCCCCUGAAAAACAAAGGGGUAGAAUAUAGGAGAAGUGACAAGGGGCCAAGGGGGGCAGCAACGUUCCUUUUAAAAGCAGUGUUUCUAGCAAAUGCUGCUAAUAUUAGUUUCCGUGUCUGGUUAAUGAUAUGUUUAGCAGAGCAGAUUAUAGAACUUCAUCGUUUGUGACUUUUGAGGUCUCCAGGCCCGGGGGUCCUUGAGGACUUUGUGUUACUGGGGCCUUACCAAGGGCCUGCGCAAAAAGGACUCUUAAUGUUUGUAGAAAAAUAAGUAUGAAUCGUGAGAUGUUGGCCUCUUCAGGAAGCAUGAACUGAUCUUGAAAUGCAUUGUACUGCGUGGCUCUAGGGGGAGGAAAGGAGGAAAAAGUACUUAUUAUGAGCAACGGUAUGAUUAAUUUGAUUAUAAACUCUUCGAUUUUAGAGCACUCCAUGCAAUGAAUGAUGUGACCUUUCCUGAGCAAGUGAGAACGAAAUAAUAACUCAUCCGCUGACGAGUGACUUCGCUUGCUGUUCUUCAGAAUGUGUCAUGAUUUCUUUGAAUUGAGGUUUUUAAAAUUCUUAGUAGGCUCCAAAGCAUUUGGUCUGAUAACACUGGGAGAUUUGUUCCUAUGAUUGCUGAGGUUUAUUUUACAUUGUUGCUGCAACUUCUGUGGAACUAGCUUUGAACUAGUUUUGCUUUGAACUUUCACAGUGAAACAGGCUACUGAUUUCUAGAAAGGGCUAAUGAGGUCUUAUCCUUGAAAGCCCCUUAAGUUUUGAUGAUUUUCAGACAGGGGUCUUUCUGUUACACUGGAGUUGCGGAUGAUCAUGUUAUUUCUUUUCUAGAUAAGCCAAUAUCAUAUCAGGCAAGGUAAACCACUAUCAUAUCUAGCAUCGCUAAUCUUGCUGACACAGGGUGAUAGUGUGCAAAAAAAUUGCUGUACUGUAUUAUGUAUCAUCUUCAGAGGUGGUAGGAUUUUUUUUCCAUGAAAGAUGAGCUUUUGUUGGUAAUCUUUUAAAAAUUGGACUUGGUAUUAAAAUUAGAAACUAGAUAUAAUAGUUUCUUUUAUGUAUAUAUUUUUUCCGAUUCUUAGAGUAAUUUAUGUUCAUUGUAAAAAAUUGAAAAACACAGAAACUAUAUGUAAAGAGAAAAAUGACCUAUAAGCUCACUACCAAAGUGGCCACUAUUAACAUAGCCGAUGUAUUUUAUUUUGCAUGGAGUCAGAUCAUAUUGCAAAUAAUUAUGUGUCUUUAUUAAUUUCUAUCGUGUGUGUUUCUUUUGUCAUUAGUCUUCAAAAGCAUGAUUUCUAAUAGUUGUAGAGUGAUUCUGCUUUAUGAAUUUAUCACAACUCAUGUAACCAUUCCUAUUGGUUGGACCAGUUUAUUGUUAAUUACUGUUAAAUAAUGUUUAAAAAUAUUCUUGCUACAACAUUAAUUUUCAUUUCCUUGAGUGUAGACAGAAGUAAUUCUGUCCCUUGAUGAAGUAUUGUAAUAAAUCUGCCUGAGGCUUUGCUUCUUUCCUAAUUAUA